AUGGCUCCACGCCCCUUUCUCAGUCUUCCGUGGGAACUGCGUGACAGGAUCUACAGAUUUUACUUUCCCACUAAGCAAGGCUACCAUUUCAGCCCAGCAUCUGGCAAGCUCACUGCCGCCGACGGCAAGCCGAUCGACCUUGCCCUCAUGUAUACAUGCAGCUUCAUCGCUGAAGAGACCAAAGAAAUGCCUCUCUUGUGCAAUGAUAUCUUCUUCAAGACAUUCUAUCAAAAGGAUCUUAGCUUGUGGCUAGGCCGUUUUGAUAGACUAGUCGAAGCGCAGUUCCUACAUCAGCUUCAGCUCCUCGUUCAGCUAUGUCCCUUUAUAACACCAGAAAUGCACAUCCGCAUCGGGGACAGAUUUCCAUGGUUUUCUACUCACCUCCACAACGCCCUCGUUUUCCGUCGGGGCCCACAGCGGCUCUCUAGAUCAUGGGGAAGUGCAUGGGGCAUGCGGCCACUCCAGGUGGCCGCCAUGCCCCCGAGCAACUAUCUGUACCAGCAGAUCUGUUCCAACGACCAAGCACAUUCUGCACAUCGAGCGGCUGUUGAGUUCACCUUGCGACUUCUUUGCGAAACUUCCGAUGAACAGUUCAUAGAGGAUGUCAAUGACAUGCUUGUCGAUUGGGAGUAUAGCGGAGGUACUCGGCUCUCGAAUUUCCUUAACCGAUGCUACAAGCCAUGGCGCUUUCCGAUAUCAUUAUGCGACCUUGAUGAAAUGGGACGUAGGCUUGGAGAUGGUAAGGGAUGGGCAUGGAUAAAUAGGUGGGAGACCAGCGGACCCCAUGGACUGCAGUAUCGCCCACUCUAUCGCUUCUCUGCCGUCUCAGCUGCCAUAGGUUUCCUUGAUGACCUGCCUAUUAACAAGAGAGCAUCUCUUCACAAUAUUAUCAUCCACGAGGAUCGCGUAUCUGAAGGCUAUCCAGAUGGGCAUGCUAUGGGUCUCAUCCCAUUCUGCCAAGAGAACAGGCGAUUGCGGAUUAGACAUAACUUUAGCGUGGUAAAGAACCUUUUGCAGCGCGCUUGCUUUUAUAGAGGAUGCUUGGAUGACAUUCAGGAAUAUAAGAGCGAUCCAAAUGAUAUUGCUUUGCUCAGCUUCGCAGCUAUGGAUCUGUACCCAAUCGUUGCGAACUGCCUGGCCGAAGCCAUGUAUCUGCCAGAUGCUGGCAUGCCCGAUGGCUCUUAUACCCUGGUACUAGACGGAGAAGAUGCCGAAGAUAUGUGUUCUGAGAUCUUUCAACAAAAGGUCCUCCGUCGAGAGGCCAAGUGGCUGGUCAUUUCUCGGGCUCUAAAAGCAGCUCCCGAUAGCGAUUGGGCGCACGAGAUGUCAUACGAGAUAAAAGAUACCCCCAGGGCGCAUGCCGGCGCUCUAGAACACCUCGUCAAUAAGACGUCCUUUUUUGAGUCGAAUUUCUAUCCUGGACAUCUGAAUAACGUAGACGCAUUGAUGGCGCACUACAACAGGAUUGGGAUGAAGGCAUGCGUCAAGGAACAUUACUGGGGUGAUGAACCUCAUGCUUAUGUCUUGACGGGAUUGAGUCAUACCCUCGAUCUCACCUCGAUGCUGAUGGAGAAUUUUGAGUGUCGGGAGGUAAUGGCACCCGAGCGUACGAGUGAGAGAGAUAAUUCCCAGGAGGCAAAAAUAGCUCAGCUAAAAGCUGAGAUUGGAUCGCGGUUGGGUAUAGAUGUGUCCUUCUAG